CCUGUAUUUUGUUAACCAAAAGGGAUUGUGUUUGUAGUCAUUUUUUGCCAUCCCACCUCUCAUUCCUGCGUGCCUGCUGAAAGGCUACACUCCCCCCUUUGCAUUUUGUUUCCGAGGUGGAGCCUGAUACCCCGACUUCUCCAAACUGAACUGCCGGUCCGGCGAAGCAGACGGACAAGAUAGGACUGGGACCAGCAGUCGGUGGCACAGAUCUGGAACGCAGUAGCUCGGGGAGGGACCAUACAGGCGACUGCAAGGAAAGAAGAGGGAUUUUUGAGGAAGGCUUCGUAUUUUUACAAACCGGCUACACAAGACAGAGCUUCAAGAAAGAUGAAUUCUUUCAUCCUGCUGUCGCUUUUUGCCACGAUUAUCGCCGGAAAGUCACCUCGGCUGAAAUUUGUUGUGCAUGAGCCAUCCAGGUUCCACUUCAACAAACCCGAGAAUUACAUCAGCAUGUACCACCAGGAAGGGAGCGACAUGUUGUAUGUGGGCGGCCGGGCAAUGGUAUACGUGUUGACGUUCACCAACAGAGGGGUCCGCGACCUGCAGAUCCCAGCGGCAUCUGAUCAGACUGCAAUUGAUACCUGCAAGGCCAAGGCUGCACCACUCGAGCUGGAGUGUGAUAAUUUCAUCACCGUCAUUCAGAAAGUAAACGACACAAUCAUAGUAUGUGGGACAAAUGCUGGAAGCCCCAGGUGCUGGAUGCUGGUAAAUGACACCGUGCUGACUGACGUCCAGGGCAAUGGGCAGAUAGCGUCGGCCUCUGACAUCUCCCCACCAUACCCUUCCCAGAGGUCCAUCAGCUUGCCCACAGAUGGGAGUCUGUAUUCUGCUAUGUCGUCAGUGGCAGGUCACUCCGGCUCGAUCCGGCGUACGUUUGGCUCCCAGAAACUCCUGAAGACGGAGAACAUUUGGCUGCUGAAUCCACAAUUUGCCGGUGCAGCAAUCAUCCCGUCUUCACAAAAGUUCAAGGAGGAGAUCUAUUUCUUCUUCAGUGAGCUCAACAAGACAGCCAGAGUGGACGAGGAACCUUACAGGGCCCGCAUUGGCCGAAUCUGCACGGUGGAUGAAGGGGGCAUCAAAGCCUUGCUGGAGAACUCAUGGACCACCUUCAUGAAGGCCCGGGUGAUGUGCGGUGCAGGAAACACUCAGCAGCAGUACAACAACAUGAAGCAGGCGGUGGUGCUUACAGCGCAGGACAAAAGGGCCGGGGUCAUGUACGGCCUAUUUUCCAAUGCAUGGGGAAGAACAGUGAUCUGUGCAUACUCCAUCGAAGAUAUUGACCAGGCUUUCUCCACAUCUAAACUGAAGGGCUACAGCAGUCCAUUCGUUGGCAGUCGCCCUGGGAUGUGUGUCCGCAAAAACUCGACAGUAGGAGGAGGAGGUCACAACGACAUCAAGAACCUCGGGGUUAUCAGAUACCACCCAGAAAUUGAGGAUGUGAUCCGGCCUGUUGGUGUGGCUCCACUCGACCUUCCGACAGAUGACCAAAUCACGCACACUGUGGCAGACAUUGUCCUGGCGGUCAACGAUGAGCACUACAGUGUCCUGUACCUUGGAACAGAACAAGGAAAAGUCCUCAAAGUUCUUCACACCAGCGAGGGGGUCUUCAUCAUAUCUCAAUACUCUCUGUUUCACAACGAGGGCCCCGUUCUAAGUAUGGCCAUUGACUCCCAAAAGGGACACCUGUAUGUUGGUACAGCGAUGGAGGUCCAGCGACUGCCACUGGCUGAUUGCAGUCGCUAUGGUGACACAUGCAGGGAGUGCAUUCUUUCCCGGGAUCCGUACUGUGGCUGGGACAUGGCCAGGAGGAAGUGCAUCGCCAUCCCACCUGGAUACAAUGUCACGUCUGGGACACUCCUUCAGAAUCUGGACGAGUCGAACGCCUCGGUUUGUGGGGAAGCUGCUGCUCUGAAGCAGCGUCGAACUUCCCCCAGAGAAGUUUUUGUGCAGUCCAACACCUCCGUCUUUCUUCCUUGCCCUGUGCGCUCCUUCCAUGCCACUUACCGCUGGGAGAAGGACAAUUGUGUCAAGAACUAUCCCUGCCUCUUCUCCGGGGACUUCUGUGUCCUGGGGCCGGUUGUUGACACACCCUUGAAGGAAGGGGUCUUUCGCUGCAUGGCCACCGAGGAUGGAUUCAAGGUUGAGGUUAUCUCCUUCAGGCUGGUAAACAACGGCAGGCUCCUGGCUGCCUCCCUGGCCUCCACCAUGGGGCUGUCGCUCCUGCUCGCCGUGGCUACCCUUUGGCUCCAUUAACUUCAGCUAACACUGAUGCUAACCCCUCAUCCUUACUGGCUCCCAAUGACAGGAAAGAGAAGGAGCCGCUCUUAAGAGGUUAGGUUUGCAGAGAGCACUAAAGUACAUGGUUGGGUGGGGCGGUGAAAAUUCACCCUUUCCCAAAUAAAUUUUUAGAGAAAGAUUCAGAAUGUCAGUUGAAUGAGGAUUAAAUACUGUAUUUUUAACUUAACGUAACACACCUUCAGAACUGGAAAACAUAUACAUUAACAUUCAGGCUAAAGUGAAUAGGCGUUGCAGUCAAUUAAUUUGACAUGUCUUGCAAGUACGAUUUAGAUUCAACCAUAAUUAGCUACUCUGCAAACCUUUCCUCUCUGACUCAAAAGAUAAACAUAUCGUAUGAGUUGGGCAAAAACACCAAUACCAGGCUAAUUCUUUUUCCCCCUCAUUUCUCUACUUAUUUUGAAAUUGACUUGAUUGUGCUUAUUUGUGAAUAUAUAAACCUUUAAUACCGCUCCUACAUCUAUUUAUUCAUCUUGUUAACCUUCAUUGGUAUAGCUCAUUUGUACUUAGAGAAAUGUCUGGUAUUGAGAUUUAAAAAAGCCUUAACACUUCUGGGACAUAAACUCCUAAGCACAAUUUUGCAGUUGAGGCAGAAUACUGCAGACUCGGUUGGACUUGGCGCUAUAAUUAGUGCAGCUGAGUCUAACUACAUCGCUGGGAGGAAGUGUCAGCUUUUUGACAGGAAGUAGGCGUAUGGGCAAAAGCUCAUUCUCGAACAUCACUGUGUCUCAGCACCUCCUCCUCAGAUGAGGCAGUUUCUUGCAUCUUUUUAUCAGAUGGUAUCAGAUCGUUAUUACGCCUUGUUCACAGCUUUGUCCUUUGUUUUUCUAUGUACAUGCCAUCGUCUUUCGUUCCUCCCCAGAGCAUCAGACACAAAACACUCGCCUUUUCAGGAUGUGAUAAACACAACAUCGCCUCCAGCUCCUUUGGAAAAAGAGUUACUUAAUGAUAGCAGUAAGGAGCAAACUGCGCUCAAUCAUAAAACUAUUAAAUUAUUUAAUCUCUAUCAGUCAACGUGAAGAUUAAAUUCUGGAUGUAUUUGUUGUGGAGAGACGGUGGUUCUAAGUUAUGUGAAACAGCGGUGACCUUUUUGCCAAUUCUGGUGUGUUGCCGGCAUGUCAUUAGUCCAUCAAUUUUAGGAAAUAGAGCAGACAGCGACAAAGAGAAGCUAAUCUGCUGCAUAUGAUAUCCAAUUUACCCUGACAAUGUGUAAAGAUGUGAACAAGGUGUUACGCUAUAGCAAUUUCAGUAAACACUUACCUACAUCACCAUGAGGGCAGAUGAAGCUAAAUGGAACUACAUAUUAAGAUUGCAUUUUACUAUGAGAAAAAAAAAGGCUUUUACUUAGAUCCGUGAAGUAUGUUCUGUAUUUUAUUGUUCUGCAGAUGCCGAUUUCUACCAUUGCUGCCUACGUAUGUGGCACUUUGUCUUGAUUGUUUGGGUUUUUAUGCCAUAGUUAGAAUGUGAUAUAUAACCAUUGACUACUUUGCCUCUUUCCCCAGGAAUAUCAGUGCAAAUGGGCAAUAUUUAAAUUUUUUUCUCUGUGCUGUAAAAUUAAAAGGCUUGACAGAUUCCAACAAGAUGCUUCACUGAUGUACAGCAGCAACCACAAUCAGUGGCGAGAGCAGUGACUUUAGGAUUUAACAUCAUGCUACAUCCGCAGCAUCAUCCUCUAACCUCUAAUAACAUAAAAUGUAUUAAGACAAAGAAGGCAGAUUAAAGAUCAAUGUAAAAGGAAAUAACAGUUGUGAAUGUAGCUGCAGUUCAACAGUUCUGAAAUACCAGAAAUGAAUGGCAAACCUUAUGAGUACUGAUCAGCUGACUGACGAAGAAGGCUUGUGUGGUGAUGAAUUAUGCAACGGAUUAGCAUGUUCUCCAGAGCUUUGAGAAUUAUCAUUCAGUAAUGUUACAUAAGUCUGGCCGUGCGGAGCCUUCCACAGUGGCAGCAAUGUCAUUAAUAGCUAAUUAGACAAUGAACCAGCUCGUCAUGCACUUUAUUAAAUAAUUUAUUUUACACCGUCAGGGAUAUGGGCAGCGAGCACAUUCUCAGCUGUGAAAAUCUUGAGGUACUGUCGUGUUUCUCACUCAGCUCGGUUGUACGUUGCUGCUCGGGGAUCUUAUUUCUUGCUGCAUUGCACUGACACGGGCUACUGACUGUGCCAAAAAAACAAAACAACGCUAUGCUGAGCCUCCUCAUCUGCCCAAUGCGUGGUGCUUCUUAUUAUGUUUAUUUGCUAAAUCCCUUGCUCCUUGCCUCACAUAACAUGUUGUCCCAGACAAACCCUGAGCGCAUGUACAACAACAGCCUUCCCCAAAACCAAACUGAAAAACACAAACCUACUGCAGAUCUGACAUGCAUAUUAACUGCCGUUGGGUUUCUGUGUCUCCACCAGGGUGGAGAUAAUUAACACCAGCCAACAGCCAAGCGCUGCUAAACAUUUAGUAAAAGGGUGUUAACAAAGCCAAUGCUGCCACAGACUUUUGGAAACUCACUCAAUGAACACGGACAUGCUCCAGUCAUUUUCCUGUAUAACCUCCUUUAUAACUAGAACUGCUGUAUGCAGUAUGUGUCUUAGUGAUUUGACUCAAAGCUAUUAUUACAAGCCAUUAUGAGAGGAGAGACCAAUGCUAUCCAAUGUUAAUUAGAUAACCAAACCUGGUAUCAUGAGCUUCUUCACUGUGUCCCACGUCCAUAUACUUGUAGAGACUGAAAACAGAAAAAUGACAACAUUGGUCAUUUGUUGAAAUGCUUAAAACAACCAACUGUUUGCACAUGCAGUGAAGAGUAUAAUAUUUCUAAUAAAUGUAGUCAGUCUCUUGAAAAGGAAAACUACAAAUAAGUGCAUUAUGUCUUUAAAUGCCCUCACAGUACUUCUCAGUCUUGGCCUUUGGGAAGUUAAGUACACAAACAAGUACUAUACUUUCAUUUGGACAAACAUUACAAUGGAUAUCAAAACUACUGCUAGUGUCAAAUUUGAAAACAUUUCAUGAAUACAUUCACAUGACCAAAGAAACAUAUUGUACAAAUUAGAUAAAAUCCAAGCCACAGUACAUCAAGGAUAUGCCUUUUGAGAAGUAUAAGCCUUUUACUGCUGUCAUGGGAGACAUCUUGCCAUCUUUUACAAUUGUUAUUCUGUUUAAUCUUUAAUCAAAUUUUCACAAAACUACUUUUAACGUACUUUUUAGCUGUUAUUAGCUCCUCCAUCUCCAUUGUUGUUGUUGUGCAACAAUUGUGUCCAUGAACUCUACACUCAAAAAGCAAGAGUUUUUUCCCUGCAUGCUAGCAUUUUGAGGUAAAUGUCCACACUAAAACACAGAGCUGGUCUGUGUUAUAGUGUGGACUUGGCACAUUGGUUUGUUUUCUCACCAGGAGCGAUGACCUUGUGUAAUGUACCCUCUUCAUGAGGAGCAUGAGCAUCAUUGGCUCUCUGGAAGGUGGAAUACAACCUUCAUCCUUCAGCACUUUACCCAAUCACCAUCUUUAACUCGACAAGGCUUUGUUACCCACACUUUUCUGGCUAAUGCGUGUAAUCACUUGCCGUCUUCAAAUGACAUCUCCACUAUGUUCAAGUCCUUGCUUUGAUAUGGAUAUUCACAUGACUGCUUUAUCAAAAUUAUCAAUAUCAAAAGUUAUUGCUCACUCGCAUCCGUCAUCGUCAGCCAGUCCGAUAAAGACUAAUCUCCUUCAAAGCAAGCUCUUGAUUUGCCUUCAGGAAACCAUUUUAAAUCGAUCGCGCUAUCUGCUGUAAACGACUUGACGUUGAGUGAAGCGGGUCACUGUUUUGUCUGCUCUGGGGUUUUGAGUGUCAAGUACUGUAUAUGAUGAUGUGUGCCCUCGAUUCUGUGUCUUGAUAUCUAAUUUUAAAAGUAACAUGCCAAACUAUUGUUAAAGAAGGGAUUUAUAUUGAUGCCAUGCCAGUCUAAUACCAUCUCAUAACGUAUUUUUAAAAAACAGAUAUCUAUAGUACAAUAGAUAUUCAUGUAACAAAUCCAUAUUGACAUGUGUUUCCCUGAACAUGUGCGGUGAAAUUAAUAAAAUAUCCGUAUGAAGAAAG